CACCUUCAGGAUGGGCUUUGAGGAAAUGUGUGGCUUUAACAGACAAACAAUAGCGCUCCUGCCAAUCGCAUUACCUCAAGUCAUAUUUAUUGCGUUUGAGGAAACGAACGAAAUAAGAAGGGCUUCUUAACCGAGUUGUUUUGCACCCCUGACGGCAAGGAAGCAGCGAAAAAGUAAAACAAAAUACCGACUCCCAAGUGAAUCAUUUCAGGUCUGUAGUAUUGGCUGACGGACCGUGUAAACGCGGCUUGUAAAAGGAUCCCACCGUGGUUGGUCGUUGUGUAUAGAAAGGAGCCCACUCAGCUCUCCAGGCUCCUCAGCCAUGGCGCUGCUGGCCUACCUGAAGAGCCUGUUCAUCCUGCAGCUGCUGAUGGGCUUUGUGUUCGUGGUGAGCGGCCUCAUCAUAAACUUCAUUCAGCUCUGCACCUGCAUCCUCUGGCCCAUCAACAAGCGGCUCUAUCGCAUAAUCAACUGCCGGCUCGCCUACUCCCUCUGGAGUCAGCUGGUGAUGCUGCUGGAGUGGUGGUCGGGCACAGAAUGCACACUAUACACCGACCAAGCUACGGUGGACAAGUUUGGCAAAGAGCAUGUCAUCACCAUCCUCAACCACAACUAUGAGAUCGACUUCCUGUGUGGCUGGACUAUGUGUGAAAGAUAUGGCAUCCUAGGGAGUUCAAAAGUGCUAGCCAAACACGAGUUACUGAAGGUUCCUCUGAUUGGCUGGACCUGGUACUUCCUAGAAAUAGUCUUCUGCAAAAGAAAGUGGGAAGAGGACCGGAAGACUGUCUUCAGUUCACUGGAUAGGCUCAAAGACUAUCCUGAAUAUAUGUGGUUUCUGCUGUAUUGCGAGGGCACCCGCUUCACAGAGGCCAAGCACCAAAUCAGUAUGCAGGUUGCAGAGAGCAAAGGCUUGCCCAAGCUCAAAUACCACCUACUGCCCCGAACCAAAGGAUUCACCACCACCCUGCAGUGUCUUAAGGGCACAGUAACUGCUGUGUAUGAUGUGACUCUCAACUUCAAAGACAACCAAACCCCCACUCUCCUGGGCAUCGUCAGCGGCAAGAAAUACAAAGCUGACCUGAGUGUAAGGCGGUUUCCGGUGGAGGACAUACCCAGUGAUGAGAAAGAGUGUGCCAUCUGGCUGCACAAGCUCUACCAGGAGAAGGAUGCCUUACAGGAAAGCUAUAAAAAGGAAGGCAAGUUCCCCGGACCCACAAUCAUUCCUAAACGCCGGCCAUGGACGCUGCUGAACUUCCUGUUCUGGGCCACCGUGCUGCUUUCGCCCCUCAUCAACUUUGCUUAUGGAGUGGCUGUCAGUGGCUCCCCGCUCCUCAUCAUUGGCUUCAUCAUCUUCCUCAUCAUAGCCUCGAUAGCUAUCCGCCGCCUCAUAGGGGUCACCGAGGUGAAGAAAACAGGCUCCAGUUACGGCAACCCGGAGGCCAAGAAAGAAAACUAAAGUGUCACCCCCCUCCGUGUGCGGCCGUCUGUGCGGUCACCCUGCGGCGUCUCACCCCUGCCCGCCUCCAUUCUCCUCCUUCUGUUGAGUCAGUUGGCAGGCUAGGGAGGAGACCCAGCUGUGAAAACAUAAUAGAGCCCAGAGAUAGAAAUACUAAUGGCACUAGUGAGAGAGAGCGUGGAGAGUGUGGACAGUGUGGGCUUCACGCUCUCUGGUGUACAGAACAUGAGGAGGGGGAGAUGCAGCACUAUAUUCCCCUUGUUUCUUUCUUAAUCCCUCAUCCAUGUCCUUUAAGAUCCCGCUAACACCCAGGGUUAAGCUCCUAACCUGUGUGAGGUCACAUUUCCUGCUCUCUACUUCCUGUCAGUCAUCAGCCAAUCAGGGAGGGGCUCAUUCUUAUUGCCCAAAGACCACAAGCCGAUCUGUAUCUGAUCUUUUUAAUCUUAACCACCGAGGGGCAGUGUGUUUCUGCAGCAGCGUACAUCACUCUUUUCCUCACCCAGUGGGACUUGUAAUCAGAACUGGUGCCUUGAGGCCCAGCCUGUUCUCCUUUAUCUUAAAGAGUCAUUUGACCCGAAUCACAGAACGACUACCUGUUAACCUCCAGGUAUCAAGCCAUGCAGAUAGAUUUCAUUGUAUGGGCCAAUCCAAUACAAUGUAGGGAGGUACAUUUUGCUCAAAUCAUUGCAAAGUACAUUUGAAAAACUUCAACAGCAAUGUGUCUUUCAGAAUAUAAGUCUAUUACUUUGGAUCAUUUCUGAAUAUUUUCAUCAUUACCUAUGUUGGUAGUGAAUACUGACCAUAUUAUUGGAUCAUCCAAGUAGUAAGCACAUUUCUGUUUUUGGAGAAAACAACUUUGAAUUAGUUUAAGCACCACCAACAACAUCACCUCACCUGUAUUGUCCAACAUCAUCUCCAGGGCUAGAUACUGCAAUCGUUAGGUGGGAAAACCUUAUUUUUUCUCCAUCAAAUUGUGAUGUUGGUGAACUGAUCCUUUAUUUUGAUUGCGUGGAAAGGCUGGUGUCUGCAAAACUCAAGCAAGGGCUCCCAAUGUGAAAUCUGUCCUCAUCAAGGACACCUGCCAUCUGUUACAGGUCUCAUGCGUCGCCCUCACCAACAACACACACACACACACACACACACACACGGAGUCACCCCGACACAUUAUUAUUAAUUUUCCCAUCUCUGUUCCUAUUUUACUUGCUUAAUAAGAAAUCGCAUGUAUGUUGUUUUUCAUCAUUUUGACGAUUUCUUACCCCCUAAAUGUGACGUUGAAUCAACCAGCAAACCCAGUCGAAACACUGAAGCAGUUCAACCUACCAAUCCCCGAUCCAGAAAAGGUCAUCAGCUGUCUACAUGUAGUGUCGCAGUACUGAUGUUUUAACCUUUGCCUUAAAUCAAGCUUGCUCAGGCGAGGGAUUGCUUAUUCGCCACCCCUUUAAAACAGCACCCACCUCUUACCUCUGCGCUCUGGCUGAAUAUUCAUCCUCUCCCUGCCAUCACAGUGCAUGGAGGAGCAGUGUGGAUUCAUUGGGUUUGAUUACCAAAGCCAAUGAGCAAAUAAAACCCUUGUUGUUCUUUCAAGUGAAAAGCUGUUGGUCCGUUAAAGGGCGUCCCCUGUACAUCGUUUGUCAGUUAAACAAAGCUGCUUGCUUACACUCCAUGGGCAGGCAGCUGUUUUACUCCCAACAUCGUAGCCAAUGUCGGUGCACAGCUCUAAAUAUUUCACAAUUUACAAAUCGGUCCUCCCAGUUGUAUUAAACUGCAACAAAUUAAACAUCGGCUGCUGCAGUAAAAUUAGUGGAUUUCUUCCCCAAAACAAUGGCAGCAAGACAUGGAGGGGAUAUUUUGUGUUCUCUCUCUCUCUCUCUUUUUUUUUUUUUUUUACCCCUCCCCUCCUGUGCCACCUGUAGUGUUAAUCAUUUAUUUUGGUUUUAAUUUGUCACUCCUCAGCAGCAAUACCUUGUGUACGUCCUCUCUCUGUAGCGUUAUGUCAACCCAGACAGAUUUCAUGCAAGCCUUAAUAGACAGUGCUGCUUAAUUUUUGUGUGGAAAUGUAGAAGCUAAAUGAGCCCCUGUGGUAGUGAAGAAAAACAGUCCUCCGGUAUAGCAAGCAGGUUGCUGGGAUUAGUUGCCGAGCUGCUUCUUCUACAAUCUAACAUUCAAGAUUUAACAACUGGAUAAAGUCUGCUCUUAUGCACAAAGAGCUCUGUUCAUAAUCAACAUUUUUUACAAGGAGAUAUUUGAGUUGCUUUACCUCAAAUAUUUGUUAAAAGCUUUAGUAUCACGGCCUGCUAUAUUUUUCCUCAAGAGAUCUGAUCAGAAUUCCAACUCAUUCUGUCAUUCAGUAAAAAUGUCUCAUUUCAAAGAUGCCGAGAAGUCCUGAUCAGUAUUUGGAAAAAGGUUUUUUAUUCAGUUCAGAAGUUUAACACGAGGUUGUUGUUCUUUUUUCUGAGGUCUCCGAUGGAAUUAAAUAACAUUACAAAUUGAGAUUUAAAAAGUCUUUAAGUGGUGUCGGAGAUAAUUGAGUUAGUGGCACCUCUUGCGUCAGCUUUUCUUUGUUUUCUAAGGCUAUUUUUAUGUUUUCUUCAAUUAAAGCACUUAAGAAUAUUAAAGGAUUUAAUCACAAAACAACUUUUACUCUUGA